AUGGUGCUUCUAACUUCUGCUGUGAUACUGGGAUCAAGCUCCUUCCUCCUCACCCUGAUCUCCUACAUUCCUAUCAUCUCCACUAUCCUAAGGAUACACUCUGUGGACGGCAGGCGUAAAGCCUUCUCCACCUGUUGCUCCCACCUUAUUGUAGUUGGUUUGUUGUACCUGGCAGCUUUUUUCCAGUACACAAAACCCAGCUCAGUCUCCUCUGUGGCUCUAGAUGAAAUGUUCUCCGUCCAGUACAGCAUCCUAACUCCCAUGUUAAACCCCAUUAUCUACAGCCUGAAAAAUAAGGAGGUGAAAACAGCUCGAAGGAAUAUAUUGGAGGAAUUCAGCUCUCUCAAAGUUUGGUUCAUUUCUGCCAUGGUAGACGCAGAACAGGGAAAUCAAACCUCCCUCACAGAGUUCAUCCUCCUGGGAUUUGGGACUGUCCCAAAACUGCAGAUCCUUCUCUUUCUGCUGUUCCUUGUGAUUUACAUUGUGACCAUGGCCGGGAACAUCCUCAUUGUUGUGCUAGUUGUGGCUGAUCAGCACCUUCACACCCCCAUGUACUUCUUCCUGGGGAACUUGUCCUGCUUGGAAACCUGCUACACCUCCACCGUCCUGCCCAGGAUGCUGGCCAGUCUCCUGACUGGGGAUAAGACCAUUUCUAUUGGUGGCUGCAUCACACAAUGUUACUUUGUUGGCUUCUUUGCAGCCACCGAGUGUUAUCUCCUGGCAGCAAUGUCUUAUGAUCGGUACCUAGCGAUAUGCAAACCACUGCAUUAUGCAACCCUUAUGAAUGGCAGUUUCUGCCUCCAGCUAGCAGCUGGGUCUUGGAUAAGUGGGUUACUGGCUAGUUCCAUAGUAACUGGUAUGAUGUUACAAUUACCUUUCUGUGGCCCCAAUGAAAUUGAUCAUUUCUUCUGUGAAUUUACACAAAUAAUAAAUCUCUACCGCAAUGACAUCUACCAGGUGGAGCUUUUAAUUACCAUUCUGUCUGCUUUAUUCACCCUGCCCCCAUUUGCUUUAACUGGAACAUCCUACCUGUGUAUCAUCUCCACCAUCAUGCGAAUCCCUUCCACCACCGGGAGGCAAAAGGCCUUUUCUACCUGCUCCUCUCACCUCAUUGUGGUGACAAUUUUCUAUGGGACCCUGAUCAUUGUGUAUUUGCUACCAAACACCAACACACUCAGAGACCUCAACAAAGUGUUCUCUGUCUUCUACACAAUUCUGACUCCUAUGGCCAAUCCCUUCAUAUACAGCCUGAGAAACAAAGAGGUGAAAGAGGCCCUGAGAAAAAAAUGCCAGUAA